CAGAGCCUACGACAUCAUUCAUCGUCCUAGAAAACUACUGCAGAAAUCGUGUAAUAAAAGGAUAAUAAUCUCCUCUCGGAAGAUUCCUAAAUUCUGUGGUUGUCGAUCGCCGACCCAUGGCCUACUCUUCGAUCUCCGGCGGCACGGAGACCCCACUACUUGACGACACCGUCGACGGUUUCGCCGACCACAAGGGCCGUCCAGUGAGGAGAUCGAGCUCCGGCGGGUGGCGAUCCGCGUCCUUCAUCAUCGGAGUCGAGGUUGCGGAGAGGUUCGCCUACUACGGCAUAGGGUCCAACCUCAUAAGCUUCCUUAUCGGGCCACUGGGCCAGUCUACCGCCGCCGCCGCCGCCAACGUCAACACAUGGUCCGGCACCUCCACGUUGCUGCCGCUGUUGGGAGCUUUUGUGGCGGACACGUAUCUCGGCCGCUAUUACACCAUCAUUGUUGCUUCCCUUAUCUACAUACUGGGGCUAGGCUUGUUAGCAGUAUCUGCUGUGCUUCCUUCUGCGAGCCCUUCUGAAUGCCAAAAAAAUGAUGAAAUCGCUUCUUGUUCUCCUCCUCAGCUACAAGUAAUCCUCUUCUUUUUCGCUCUAUAUCUUGUAGCAGUUGGGCAAGGUGGGCACAAGCCCUGUGUCCAGGCUUUUGGAGCUGACCAGUUUGAUGGACAAGAUCCAGUGGAGGGCAAAUCCAAAAGCUCAUUCUUCAACUGGUGGUACUUCUCUAUGUGCUUUGGUACCCUAAUAACUCUCUUCAUCUUGAACUACAUUCAAGACAACCUGAAUUGGGGUCUUGGAUUUGGAAUCCCCUGUAUUGCCAUGGUGAUUGCACUACUUGUUUUCUUGCUUGGGACCAAGACAUACCGGUAUAGUGUCAAUGGAGAUGAGAAAAGCCCAUUUGUGAGGAUUGGUCAGGUGUUUGUUGCAGCAGCUAGAAAUUGGAGGACAACUGAUUCGUCUCUAAAUUUUGAAGAGGUAGCUUGAGGAACCCUACCUCACCAAGGUUCUCUGCAGUUCAGGUUUCUUAACAAGGCCUUGCUUGCACCGGAUGGUUCCAAGGACAAUGGCAAGGUGUGUAGUGUCAGUGAUGUUGAAGAAGCAAAGGCGGUUCUGAGGCUCUUUCCCAUAUGGGCUACGUGUUUGGCCUACGCUAUUGUGUUUGCACAGUCAUCGACUUUCUUUACCAAGCAAGGAAUUACUAUGGAUCGGUCACUUGGAUCAGGGUUUGUGAUACCAGCAGCUUCACUUCAGUCCUUUAUCACCCUUGCCAUUAUCAUCUUCAUCCCCAUAUAUGAUCGCAUUUUUGUUCCCAUUGCAAGAUCAUUAACCAGGAAACCAUCUGGCAUAACAAUGCUUCAGAGGAUCGGAACUGGGAUUUUCUUAUCUUGCAUCUCCAUGGUAAUUGCAGCCCUGGUUGAGAUGAAACGGCUCAAAACCGCUGAAGAAUACGGAUUGGUUGAUAUGCCAAAGGUGACGGUUCCAAUGAGCGUGUGCUGGUUGAUUCCCCAAUACAUCUUGUUUGGAGUUUCGGACGUGUUCACCAUGGUUGGUCUGCAGGAGUUUUUCUAUGAUCAGGUCCCAAAUGAAUUAAGGAGUGUCGGCCUCGCCCUCUACCUCAGUAUCUUCGGUGUAGGGAACUUCCUGAGCAGUUUUCUCAUCUCUGUCAUCGACAAAACAACUAAUGGAGAUGGCCAAGGUAGCUGGUUCAAUGAUAAUCUUAAUCAGGCACAUCUUGAUUACUUCUACUGGCUGCUGGCUGGGCUCAGUGCAGUUGGGUUGGCUACCUACUUGUAUUUUGCAAAAUCCUAUAUUUAUAAUAGGGGAAAUACAACGUAAGCUCCCUUCAUUUUUAUUAUUAUUGUUCCACCAAUAUAGAAUAUAGUAAAUGCAAAUUGUUAUAUUAGAUGAUCUCUGUUAUAAAAUUCAAAUAUUUCAUAUUAUUUGUAUGUGUUUUUUCUUUCGUGUGAAUGGAUAUAGUGGGCUUUUUAAUGUUUGAUUUUAAA